AUGGAGACUCAAGGUUUGUCUACGGAUAGGAUCAGCACCCUUCCGCAAUCUCUAAUAGAAAAUAUCCUCUGUCUUGUACCGAUCAAAGAUGCAGUGAGGACGAGUGUCCUCGCUAGGGAAUGGAGAUCCAAAUGGACCACAAUUCCUAAACUUGUGUUUAGUGAGUAUUCAUUUGAUUUAUCUACCAAAUUCAAUAAGGUCAAGCUGUCCCAAAUGAAGAAUACCGAUCCACUCUACAUGGAACGUCAAAGAAAAAUGAUGAGCAGGAAGUGUAAACUUUUCUAUGCUUUAUUCCAAGUUCUAUCGGUACACCAGGGUCCAAUACAUGAGUUUGGCCUUUCCACAGACGGAGACGACACCUAUGUAGAAGUUGACCAAAUAAUAGGUCAUUUGGCAAGGAACAGUGCUCUUAAGAAACUUACACUCGACUUGGCCACCCGUCCAUGUUAUUAUAAAGUGCUGUUAUCUUUCUUCUCUUUCUUCUCAUUGCAUCAUCUAACAGAGUUGGAUCUUCUGGCUGUCAUAUUACCCUACAACCAGCUUCCAGUCCAUUUAGGAGCCUUACAAGAUUGUGCUUGA